ACGGUGCGCCUCUGUUCCAAUGGAAACAGGUGGGAUCCCCGGACUCCUCCAAUCACACCCUCCCUCCGUGCGGGGGGGGGGAGUCCAGGACCGGACCAACUUCCACACUCGGCACAGGAAAAGUCAGGAAAACACAUCUGCGCCCACAUGACGCCGUUCCUGUCGUCCUGCAUGUGUUUUUGAAGCUGCUACGGUGAGCGUUAGCAGGGCAGCGGUUCGCCGGAGCACCGCUGAAGUUGUUGCCGCCACUUGGCCGCUGUUGUGGGCAGUGUAGCAGCGCUGCAACGCUGGGACGCUUCACUGCGAUGGAGCACAUCUACUGAUCGGAUUUGGGAUUGUUUUUCUUGGAUUUCUUUCUAUUAAAUCGACUCCUUUGGUAUUUUCUUGCUUCCUCUGGCUGUGUGGAGUUGUAAUUGCUGGGAAAAUGCCUGGGAAAACCAAGUACAACCUCGUUGAUGAUGGGCAUGAUUUGAGGAUCCCGUUGCACAACGAGGAAGCAUUCCAGCAUGGGAUCAACUUCGAGGCAAAGUAUAUCGGCAGUCUGGAUGUGACGCGGCCAAGCAGCCGAGUGGAGAUUGUGGCUGCAAUGAGAAGAAUACGAUAUGAGUUCAAGGUGAAAAACAUCAAGAAGAAAAAAGUCAACAUUGUGGUGUCUGUAGAUGGAGUGAAGGUCAACUUGAGAAAAAAGAAAAAAAAGAAGGAGUGGACAUGGGAUGAGAGCAAGAUGAUGGUGAUGCAGGAUCCCAUUUACAGGAUAUUUUAUGUGUCUCAUGACUCCCAAGAUCUGAAGAUCUUCAGCUACAUUGCCAGAGAUGGACAGAGCAACGUCUUUCGCUGUAACGUCUUCAAAUCCAAAAAGAAGAGUCAGGCCAUGCGCAUCGUUCGGACAGUCGGCCAGGCUUUUGAGGUUUGCCAUAAACUGAGUCUGCAGCAUACACAACAAAACGCAGAUGGACAGGAGGACUGCCACAGCGAAAAGAACGGCAAUGACUCCAUUGCAGGCGUGCGUGCUUAUCCACCUGUAUGUGUGUGUACUUUCCUUGGCUCAGCUCGUGAGCUAACAGGCACGGAGAAGACGGCAACCGUUGCCGAGGAGACGGACAUCGAUGCAGAGGAGAUGAAUCAGGUGACUGCAGCGGAGGAUUUGAACCUCAAUAGAGGAGUGACUGAUCUGGAUGCCACAGCCAGGACACCUGACCCAAACCAUGCAGAAAACAAGGCUUCAGAAGAGGCUUCUCUACUGUUGUCCAGCCCGAGGAUGCUGCUCCCAGCGUCAGGCACGCUGCCACCCGGUGCCCCCUUGUCUGUCCACCACCAGAUUCAACUGCUUCAGCAGCAGCUCCAGCAGCAACAGCAGCAAACACAAGUGGCUGUGGCACAGGUCCAUCUCCUGAAGGACCAGCUGAGUGCCGAGGCCACGGCUCGUCUGGAGGCACAGGCUCGAGUCCACCAGCUGCUGCUGCAAAACAAAGACCUGCUGCAGCACAUCUCCCUGCUGGUUAAACAGAUCCAGGAGCUGGAGACCAAGAUGUCUGGACCAAAUUCCAUGGGAUCCCAGGACAGCUUGCUGGAGAUCACCUUCCGGUCCACAGUACCUCCAGUGAUCUGCGACCCCACAACACCUAAACCCGAAGUGUCAGCCCUCAACCUGACCACUUUGGGCACCAGUGAUGGGACCAGCAAUGCAUUUUCAUCUUCCAACGGGACUCUGGGAAGCCCACUAGUUGAUCAAAGUAUGUUUGAGAACUCCAUUGCCCAGCGGCAGAGUCCUCAGACCUCCAGGCUGGGUCAGCCAUCGCCCCGACGCCCUACAGUAUCAGCUAAUUCCAACCUGGGAUCUGGCUGCGUCGACUCUCCAUCCUCCGGAGGACAGCAAAGGCUGAAAAAUGCCAUUAACCUGGGCAAGGCUGUAGGGGCAAAGGUAAAUGACUUGUUAAGAAGAAAAGAUCCCAGUCACCUCGGGGACAUCGGGGUCACUGAGGUCAACAAGAAUGUUGGUGCUGUGUGGAGCUGCAUGGACCAAUUCAACCAGACUGCAGCCAACAGUCACUUCGACUCCUUCCCUCGGCUGGACCCUCCUCCUCCUUCAGGGAAGAAGCGCCUCCCUCGAGCACUGAAGACGACCCAGGACAUGAUGAUCUCCUCUGACCCUGUGGUCUCCUCUCCAGAUGCCGCUGACUCGUCCUCCUUCCUCUCCUCCCCCGACAAGACGCCUCUCAUUGCUAAGGAGGAGAUGAAGAAUGACGAGGAGCAGCAGCAAGGUGAGGAGGAGGAAGGAGGGUCAACAGAUAUCCCACAGUCUCUGGGCCCAGCAGAAAAGAGAGAUGAUUCAGAGACAGCUGGAACCAAUGGCAAGGUGGAUACGGUGAUCGGUGAGGAGGAGGAUGAUGCUGAGGAUGGGAGCACUGAAGGAGGUGUGGAGGAACAUGGACACCAGCUGCAGCUCUCUGUUCCAGACCUCAUCAACAAAGAUCCCCCGCUGGAGUCCAGAGCCAAAACCUGCGACGUCUGGCAGAAAGCUCCGGGGCCAGACUCCCGACUAGCCUCCACUCCCUGCUCAGGUAAAACUGCCUGCCGCAUCAGCCUGGGGGAGGAGGUCCUGCUGGGGAACGGCGCCCCCUGCAGUAAAGGCGGCGGAGUGAGUGCCGAAGACACAGAGCCUCAUCCAGACCUGCUGUCUUUUGAGUAACGUGCAAAGCUGGAGCCAAAUACCACUUGAGUAAGAUUAAAACCGCCUGGAACUCUAUUCUCCUCAUAUCUGCCCCUACAAACGUCUGUGGCUGUAAUUCAAACAGACUGCAAUAAGUACUGCGAAUCAAAUAUUCACUGCCACUUUUAAAUAUGCAACUCGCCCUGCUCCAGGCUUCACUGUAGGAAAAGGGAACAUGAACUUCCAGGAACUAGGACAGGGGCCAGAUCUGUUUCUUUUUAACAUUUCAUAGCUUUUUAGAUGAAUAGAGUAGUUUAAAGGUCAUGGUAAUAAAAUCUGGCCUUCUAACGGGGCUGAUCUGAGGUCAGGCAACACACUACACGUAUCUGCUGAAUGAAUGAAGACAAAUCUGGCCAGCAUAGGACAAUGAAUGAGUAGUAACAGGAAAAAAUAAUUGAACUUUCAGCUUCAUUUCAAUGUAGUUUAUGUUUAAGUUAAAAUUUUAACAAACAAAAAAAAUCCUUACUGUAAAAGAGUCACUGUGUAUUUCUUAUGUUCCACUUCUUUCAGCAGAUGUAAAACAUGUCUUUAGAAAUGUAAUGACAACCUGAUUAUGUAACAAUGAAUGUAAUUACUGUGAUAAAAUAUCCUUUAAAUGGGCUAAAAAUGUCAAUUCUGCUCAAAAUCGCUUCAGAUAUUUUUCCCUGAAAGUGUAAACAAUGAUUGCUUCAAAUCUUCGUCAGUAUUAAGUUAUUCCAUCAUCAUAUGCCACGACUUUCUUGGUCCAUUUACAGGAUGCUUUGUUACAUGUGUGUUAUGAAUCAAACAGAAGCUGCUGCAAUGAAGCCAAUUAGAAGCUGCAACUAAUAUGAGUUACACAGCAACAUGAUUUAGAUUUAACAUGCUCAGAUUAACUAAGUGUUGCUGUGGGUUUUUUAUCUGUGUGAUGGUAUUUCCAGCAGGGAAAUGUCUAGAAAGCUGAUUCCGUGCUCAGGAGGAGUCGAAGGAAGUGAUUGAGAAAGGCUGAGCGAAUGUGAAAGUGUUAGAGAUGGAGCAACUCACUUUCAGUUCAGUCAGCAUUAAAUAUCAAGCAACAGUUUGUGCCAGAGUUUGAUGAGGCCUUCUGACCUGAGCUUCCACCAUAACAGAUCACUCCUGACCCUUUUUUGGUCCAGUAUGUCCUGGAGCUGUACUGCCGUGUGAGAUUGAUCCCUCCUACGUCAGUCUUUGGCUCUGACUCUGACCCUGAAAAUGACCUUUUUUAGAUGUGGAGAUCUUAGCUAGUUACAAUAUUGAUCAGUAACAUAAUAUUUUUUUUUCAGUGUUGUAUUUAUUUACAUUGAAUACAAAACAUUUCAAAACUCAUUUUAAGCAGGUAAAGAUAUCUUUGUACUUUGUGUGAAAUGGCAUUUACGACCAAAUAUUUUAAUGUUUCUAACCAUAUUGAGAGCCAGAAAACUGUGUUGUUGAACUGUUUCCUCUGGCAGUAAAAACCAGACCAGCAUUUUGAAUGUGAAGACCUAAAAUCCACAUAAAAUAAGCAGUUAAUACGCACACAAAACAAUUAUUCAGGAUUUAUUCAUUAUUGGGUCUGGUAGUCGGCUUUUAAAGAGAACAGAAAGAUAAAGGAUAAGAAUGGCUUCAGGUUGUUGCCUGCUGACAGACAUUAUCUUCUUCCACUGGCUGAACUGAAAGUGAAGUCUGAUGACCUCCAAACCCUGUCAGAGAGUCAGGACAGACAGACGGAUGGGCAGAUGGGUGGAUGGGCAGCAUUUGGAGGGUGGGCUGCUGGAAAGUUGCUUUUGAGCUAAAGAGAGGCAAAAAAAAUAAUGAGCUGUCAACAGAGAGAGAUGAGAGAGGUGUAUUUUAUUGGAGUGGAUCAUUAAGUGGCAGACCAAAGACAGAAAUUAACUGCUCAGUCAGACAGGUUGCUUUUGUUUUUAGUGAGCUGUCUGAGUGAAAAGAGAAGCAAUAAUUCAUGCAGAAGAGAUUUUCUCCCUUCUGUUUUCAUUUCUCUUUCUUGUAUUUCACCACAACAAAGUGAAAACCAAAGUCAUAACAGUUAACAUGUUUAAUUAUAAAUCGUGUCCUUGUUUAAAAUCCUGGGAUUUUUCUGACUCUUGAGAGACUCAGGUGUGUUUAGCUGGUUAAAGGUGAGCUGACAUUAGAUCUUCACCCACAUCAGUGCGUCAGUGUAGGAGGAGCAGGUCCAGGUUGCCAUGACUAUUUUAGCACAGUCACAGUGGAAAGCUGUAUUUUUAAAACACUACUAUCUGAGCAUCUGCUCUGCAGAUCUGUGCAGCUGGAAGUCGACCAGCUUCUAUGGAAAGCGCACACACAGAUCCCAAUCGCACACUCUGAAAAUAACCCAUUUUUCCAAGAAGUCUCGAAGCGGCCGCCGUAAAUGACCUGCUGUCCUUGUGGGGAUUUGUUGACCUUAGAAAGUUCCCAGAAGACACAGAGACGGACAUAGAGGCAGCUGGAACUGUGGUCAGGUCGUGCCCAGCAGAAUGAGAGGAAUGUGGAGCUGGACUCUGAGAGAAAGGAAGCUUUGUCUCUAUGGGUCUCUCUCUGACUUUCUUACAUAUUAUAAUCCACUACACUACCACACGACAGGCUGGAACAGAACAGCUGACAUCUCCUAGUUUUAACUAACAAUCAGUAGAACUCUUUAUGGAUAUUUCAUAUUUUUAGUGCCCAAGACAUGAUUUGUAAGUGGCUGAUGUUUCAGCGUAAUCUUAAUAAUUAGCACCUCCAUAUAACACAGGAAUGUCACCGCUUUAAAAUUUGGAUGAACUGACACUAAAAGAUCACAGUUUAGGUUAGUGAAAAACAAAGUGUUAUUUAUUAGGAGUUGAUUCUUUUUAUCUACUUUAAACUAAAGAAAAAGUGCUGUACCUUGUCGUCUGUCUGAAAUAUUUCAUAGGCGACACAGAGGUUGUUUUGAGGUGAUAAGCCAGUCAUCACUCAGCGCAGAGAUUAUUGCUACACACCUGGAUGAAGCAGGUCUCAGAAGGUCUUGACCUGAUCUAACAAAACCAAACACAGUGAGCCUGACAGCAGCUGCUUGGAUUCAGUCAUGAUGUAAAGCAAUAAGACACGGAGACACUCCUCACAGAAUCCGAAAUGCCUUCUUUUUUACUUUUAACUUUAUAAACCACUAAAGUAGAUUUUUUUUCUUUUUUGUGUUUGUUGAUGAAGGAACAGCUGUGUACAUUUUCUGAAAAUAUUCUGUCCCUUUUUUGCAGUACCUGUGAAUAUGCAAAUUGGUUCUUGCUCAAACAAAUGAAGGAAAGUGAUUUAUUUUGUUACUCUGAAUCUUGUUAUGGCAAACUGUGUUAUUUAGCUGCCUCCAAAUUUGAUAGAAGAUAAAAAACAAUGAUGUUGCUUUUUUUAUUUUUUGUGUUGCUGAAUCUUGUUUUGUCUUUGUGAAGCUGGUCGACAUGGUUUCGGAAAAUUGUGAUGAAUGAAGGAAGCUAAUUGCUGCACGUGAAGGCUUUUUGAAAAUGGGGGACAAGCAGACAGCUAAAGCUAACUGGGCUUUCUAUUGAUUCUACUUUAACUGUUGCAAAUGAAAUGAAUUCUAUAAUUUUGUAUGUAAGAAAGAAAUCGACAUGUAUCUGUGAUUUUUUCUUUUUAUUUUCCUAAUGUACCUUUUUAAAGUGGGGAAAUAAUGAUGCCUACAGUGACUGUAAUUUCAUAAAGACUUUCCAGACUUAGA